AUGCGCGAAUUAUAUUGGGAGGAGUUUCAGAAAAAAUGUUGUUGGGAUGAAGCAAUAGACUCGCGGAACAACAAAAAUAGGAAUAACGGUGUGGCUGAUGGAGUAGCAAAACCUACACAUAAUGCUGGAUCCGCAAGUCAUUUGAAGAUAGCUUCUGAUUUGAAGAGGAAAUUAGGAUGUGAUCCACCACAUAGUGAAUUGUUCCUGUAUACACACACAAAGAAUCACGAUGGAGUCAGUUUCAUAAAUGAAAAAGAUGGACAAAUUCAUUUGGAAGCUGAAGGUGUUGAAUUUGAAGAGGACAAGCUAUUUUAUGUUGUUGGUGGUCAUGUUAAAAAAAGAAGACUUUAUGGAUUAGGCUCUUUUGCAAAGGCGGUUCCCAAUAGGAACGUUAAAACGGAUGUAUCUUACAUUCCCUAA